GCCAGAAGCGGCAGUAUCAGUAGUUCGGGUCAGCCAGCCCAGUCAACAGCACUCCUCGCUGUCUUUUAUUCCCUUUUUCUUAAAUUAGCCACUUUAAGCUUCGCGAUACCGCCCCCAAUUUCAGCGUCGGUACGGAGCCGCCAGGCCGGGACAGAGUCGGAGAGAGAGGCCUCGGCAAUGGAAGCGCUCGGACCCGGCCCGCCUGCUCCUACCUCUCUGUUCCAGCCUCCGCGGCGUCCCGGCCUUGGCACGGUGGGGAAACCCAUCCGUCUCCUGGCCAACCACUUCCAAGUGCAGAUUCCCAAGAUUGAUGUCUAUCAUUAUGAUAUUGACAUCAAGCCUGAGAAACGGCCGCGGAGGGUCAACAGGGAAGUGGUGGACACCAUGGUGCGGCACUUCAAAAUGCAAAUUUUUGGAGAUCGACAACCUGGCUACGAUGGGAAGAGGAACAUGUACACAGCGCACCCACUGCCGAUAGGAAGGGACAGGGUGGAUUUGGAGGUGACCCUACCUGGCGAAGGCAAAGAUCAAACCUUCAAGGUUUCCUUGCAGUGGGUGUCUGUGGUCAGCCUUCAGAUGCUCCUCGAAGCGUUGUCCGGUCACCUGAACGAAGUCCCGGAGGACUCCGUUCAGGCUCUGGAUGUCAUCACGCGGCAUCUCCCUUCCAUGAGAUACACUCCAGUGGGGCGAUCCUUCUUUUCUCCUCCUGAGGGCUACUACCAUCCUUUAGGUGGAGGCAGGGAAGUGUGGUUUGGUUUCCAUCAGUCCGUCCGUCCCGCCAUGUGGAACAUGAUGCUCAACAUCGAUGGUAAGGCUUUGUUGAACUCGUAUAACCUCCCAGGUUACUCGUGCGGAAAUAACUUUUUUAAAAUUUUUACCCAUACAGUGUCGGCCACCGCUUUCUACCGUGCCCAGCCGGUGAUCGAGUUCAUGUGCGAGGUUUUAGAUAUCCAGAACAUCAACGAACAAACCAAACCCCUGACUGAUUCGCAGCGCGUCAAAUUUACCAAGGAAAUUAGAGGCUUGAAAGUGGAGGUCACCCACUGUGGCCAGAUGAAGAGGAAGUACCGCGUGUGCAACGUCACCCGCCGGCCGGCUAGCCACCAAACGUUCCCCUUACAGCUGGAGAAUGGCCAGGCAAUGGAGUGCACCGUCGCCCAGUAUUUUAAGCAGAAGUACAAUCUGCAACUCAAGUAUCCUCAUUUGCCCUGUCUGCAAGUAGGACAGGAACAGAAGCACACUUAUCUGCCAUUGGAGGUCUGCAACAUUGUUGCCGGACAACGCUGUAUCAAGAAACUCACAGACAACCAGACGUCCACCAUGAUCAAAGCUACCGCUCGCUCCGCCCCUGAUAGACAAGAAGAGAUCAGCAGACUGGUCAAAAGCAACAGCAUGGUCGGGGGUCCGGACCCGUACCUGAAGGAAUUUGGCAUUGUGGUUCACAAUGACAUGACCGAGGUGACCGGACGAGUGCUCCCUGCGCCCAUGCUACAGUAUGGGGGCCGGGUGAGUACAGAUACAGGGAGGGACUGCGGCAGGGGACUCUCUCCGCAGAAUAAAACGGUGGCCACGCCCAAUCAGGGCGUGUGGGAUAUGAGAGGCAAGCAGUUCUACGCCGGUAUCGAGAUCAAGGUCUGGGCCGUGGCUUGCUUCGCGCCGCAGAAACAAUGCCGAGAGGAUCUGCUCAAGAGCUUCACCGAUCAAUUGCGUAAGAUCUCAAAGGAUGCCGGGAUGCCCAUUCAGGGCCAGCCAUGUUUCUGUAAAUACGCCCAAGGAGCGGACAGUGUGGAGCCCAUGUUUAAACACCUCAAGAUGUCUUACGUGGGGCUGCAGCUCAUUGUUGUCAUCCUGCCUGGAAAAACACCCGUCUAUGCUGAGGUGAAGCGUGUUGGGGACACUCUCCUCGGAAUGGCCACCCAGUGUGUUCAGGUGAAGAAUGUGGUCAAGACGUCCCCGCAAACGCUCUCCAACCUCUGCCUCAAGAUCAAUGCCAAGCUGGGAGGCAUCAACAACGUCCUGGUGCCCCACCAGAGGCCGUCCGUGUUCCAGCAGCCCGUCAUCUUCCUGGGCGCAGAUGUCACUCAUCCCCCAGCAGGUGACGGCAAGAAACCAUCCAUAGCGGCGGUGGUGGGCAGCAUGGAUGGCCACCCGAGCCGUUACUGCGCCACAGUUCGAGUCCAGACGUCCCGUCAAGACAUGUCCCAGGAGCAGCUCUUCAGUCAGGAAGUCAUUCAAGACCUGACCAACAUGGUGCGAGAGCUACUGAUCCAGUUUUACAAGUCCACCCGCUUCAAGCCAACGCGUAUCAUCUAUUAUCGCGGCGGUGUGUCUGAAGGCCAGAUGAAACAGGUCGCAUGGCCGGAGUUGAUAGCCAUCAGGAAGGCGUGCAUCAGUCUGGAGGAGGACUACCGGCCGGGCAUUACCUACAUUGUGGUCCAGAAGCGUCAUCACACUCGUCUUUUCUGCUCUGAUAAAGCUGAGAGGGUGGGGAAGAGUGGCAACGUACCAGCCGGCACCACGGUGGACAGCACCAUCACGCAUCCGUCCGAGUUUGAUUUCUAUCUGUGCAGCCACGCUGGAAUUCAGGGUACCAGUCGUCCAUCCCACUACCACGUCCUGUGGGACGACAACUGUUUCACGGCCGAUGAACUGCAGCUUCUCACCUACCAGCUUUGCCACACUUACGUCCGCUGCACGCGCUCCGUCUCCAUCCCGGCGCCCGCUUACUACGCCAGGCUGGUCGCGUUCCGGGCUCGAUACCAUCUGGUGGACAAAGACCAUGACAGUGCUGAGGGAAGCCAUGUGUCAGGUCAGAGUAACGGCCGUGACCCUCAGGCUUUAGCCAAGGCGGUUCAGAUCCACUAUGACACCCAGCACACCAUGUACUUCGCCUAAACUAGCGAGCUUAUCUGCCCGUCCACACGUGGACUCGCAUCCCGUCGGUAUUUUUUUUAUCCAUUAUUAUAUCCUCGUCUUUGUACUUCCUCAUCACAGUCACUUUUUUUUUUCUUUUUUCUAAAUGUGCACCAAAGCGACAAUUUGACGGGAUUCUGUAUGCGGUAGCUUUUUAAUGAAACAAGCUCAAGCUUAGUCUUCCCGGUCAGGUCGCCAUUCUAACCAGCAAUUUGGCGCACGGCAAAAUGACAGGAAAAAAAAACCACACACACACAUACUACUACAUAAUUGAGCCAUUAUUUUUGCUUUUUUUUUUUUCCUCUAUCUGAAUGUCUACACUCGUAUUUUUAAGAUACUGAGCAACGGAGUGUUUCAGCCACCAUUUGGUGUCGACGAAACUCUUUGGCUCUCCCAGCUAGGCGGAACUCUGAUCUACUUUUACCUCAAAGCCCACUCGGGCAAAAUCUGUCACAAGGUCUUGGGUUUUAUCGGGAGGGAACUCUACAUGAAGAGAUGGAGCGGGGAGGGGCAAGGGGGGUGGGGGUUGACCUUUUGAGAAUGAAUAUAUAUAUAUUCUAUAUUUUGUUUUUCCUUUUUAUGAGUGUUUUAACUUUUUUCCUCUUUCAAUCUUUUACAAACGAGGUGACCUGGGUGUUCAUGCCCAUUACUACUUUCCUCCCAUCCUUGCGGAAGAGUAGCCGGUGUUUGUGUAAAUAUAUGUUUUGUGUGUGCGCGCACAAGCUUUCAUGGCAGGCCACUGAAUUGUAAAGGGAAAUUGAGGAGAUAACUGCUGUAAAUGCCUCAGAUUUGUUUUUUAUAUUCAAGUAUACAGUACAUAUAAAUCAUAUUUACAUCUCUAGAGCAGCUUUGAGAGAAAUGAAUUCAGCGAGGAGUUUUUAGAAGUCCUGGGUCGCUUAUAGAUUCAAAUUGAGUUCGAUUUUGGACUACCUUAGGCGGGAUUUGCACACGUGCUGGGCAAACUGUUGAUUUUUUUUUUUGUUUGUUUUUAAUAGAAAGUGAUAUUUCAUCUAGGGAACAAUAUCUGAGGUCUGGCCGGGGACGGGCUCUGCUUUGGGAGCUGCUGUUUGGGCUUAAGGCCUAAAAACACAGCAGACGUAUCAGCGCCGCCUUCGGUGUGACAAAUAGGAUUUUUCUUUGGACCUGAUUAUCAGAAAGAUUUUAUGAUGACACUGCUGGACGUUGUUUUUUUUUUUAUGGUGGUAAUUUUUAGGGCCAGAAAGCAGAGUAGUUUUUUUUGUUUAGGUCUCAUUUGCAAAUGAUGACCAAUUCAUUGCACUGACCCGGGACACUAGGCAAGCAACAGAGGGCACUCUCGAUCUCUAUUACCUUUAUGCAUUUAUACAUACGAAUCAAUAAAGCAGAUUUGUAAAUUUUUAAUAUAAGGAUGUUUUGUGGUUAUCUUAAAAAUAAAAAUAAAAACGGUUGGUUAGAAUUUAGUGUUAUCGUGGUUGUCAAUGUUGUAAUUGUUGUGAUUGAAGAUUUUAGUCGGGGGGGCGGGUGAAUUGUUUGGAGUAGUUCAGGGGGUUGGCUGGAGGUCACGAGUUGGGAUUUUGUUGUAGCAUCGCGGCGAAUGGGUGAGAAGACGUGGAUGGAUUAACUCAUGCUUCCUUUGUUGGUCUUCAACUUGAAGCUUGGGGUCAUAAUUGGGGCUUCCGUGUAGCACUCCAGAGUCGGUUUUGACCAGUUAGAUGGAGACAAUCAGGGAUCGUAAUUGUAGCGGAGCUAGAUUUGGGGGGGGGGUUAUUUUAAAACGGUUUGCGAUAGGCAAUGAGAUUCCCUUUUUUUUUUUUUUUUUUAAAAAUGGUUUCAAUUCUUCUGUAUGUAUUUGAUGUAUACCACUCUUACUCUUAAAGUCUUUGCUAUACAAGUGUGUUUCUUAUUCUCAUGCAUUUUUAACACUGGAUCGAAUGAGUUAGCAUGAGCACUGCCCCUCGUUUCUAUUAACGCCCAUUAAACGGUCACUUCCGGAGUCGCACAAGUGGCGCCUCCCCGGGUUUUUAUUUCCGGACGGUCUGAGAGCGAUGGGGGGGUGGCAGUCGGCACGCACGCCUCAUCAGGGGGGUCCAGCUCAAAAGUCAAAACCCUUUUGUAAUAAACCACCCGUAAAGCAGCAGGUUUAUUAUGAAUGAGUUUGAGCACCUACCUGUUGUAGGCGUGUGCGUUGGCGUCAAGCGGAGAAUUUGAGAGGCUUGUCCGGAUUUUGAAUGCAAAUAACUUGCGUGAAGGGAGGCGCUAUGGAAGGCUUUUAUUCUUCAUCUGGUUUUUACAAAUUGAAUAUUUAAUGAAGCUUAAGCCUGAUGAACUGCAGUGCUGUUUGUACAAUGGCAGCAUCAAGCAAUAUAACCCAGUUCGACUUUUAGUAAAAUGCAGAAACACAAAGCUAUUUUCUUUUCGUUUGCCCCUUCCCCCCCCCCCCCCCCCUUGUUUCAUUUGCUUUUAUCAAUCAGUGGGGAUGUGCAUUUGACAUUUGGUGGUAUAGUUACAUAGAUUUUAGAUACAUUUUGUUGACUAGAUUUUGCUUGCCUGCAUGCCAGAGUAUUCUACUUAAAAAAAAAAAAAAAAAAAGGGGGGGGGAUUUGAAUCAUAUUUAUAAGGCUUAAAAAACUAAAAUCUUUUUUUGGUGUCAAUGUAUCACUUUAUUGAAACUGUUUAGCAAUAUCUGUUCAAUUUUUUUGUGAUCUUCCCACACUGUCAAUUUUGUCUAUUGUACGGCAAAGAUGUAUGGGGGGGGGGGGUCUGCUCUUUUGGUCGUGUUCAAAUUCAAACGAGGUACUUUAUUCAUAAAUCAUGUCCAUUUAAGAGCAUACCCCCCCCGCCCUCCUCUUUUGCCAAGUUAUAGUGAGCCUCCAUAUUUGUCUCCUUCUUCCUGGUUUGUACCUGUGGCCAAGCCUCUUUAGAUUGUCUCCUUUCUCCACAAAAGGGUUUCCCUCUUUUUACCUCUUAUAAAUUAAGACUUGUUUCUGUCCCGAAAAAGGAGAGGGUGAGAAACUGUUAAAUUCCCAUUAUCACUUUGUUAUAUCAAUUAUCUUAAUAGAGUUCUUUGUGUAUUUUUAUUUUUGGCAAGGAGGGAGCUGUUUUAGCUCUGCUCCAUUUUUUUUUUUUUUUUUUUUUUUUUUUUGUCAUCUCGUGUUCUCUAAUAGCAAUACAAAGGAUUGGAAUGCUUCAAUUCAAGCUAUCCUACACUUUUUUUUUUUUUGACCAGUAGAAGGAGCAUGUUCUAGAACCUCCCCUGUAUUUGGCCAUUCACACUGUAUUGCUAUUACGAAAAGCUCAUAUUUUUUUUUAGCCUGCAGGGAAUUAUUGUGUUUAUGUGCAAAGUAAUAAAUUGGUAUUUUAUGCCUGUAA